GCAGGGUGGGGCGGGGCCAAAAUGGCGGCGGUGGCGAGGGGGCUGAGGCGGAGCAGCGCCCAGCUGAAAAGAAAUAUGACAGCAUCCUGGGCACCUUGGCGGGCUUCUCUGUCUGCCUUCAGAUCCUCCACAUCGGAACCCGUGCCCAGCGUAGCCAGUGAUGGAGUCGCCUGUGCUCCGCUGCAGACAUUCACCGAGGAGGAGAUGAUGCUGAAAAACAUGGUGACAAAGUUCGCGCAGGAACGAGUUGCACCUCUGGUACAGAAAAUGGAUGAGAAUUCAAAAAUGGAAGACUCCAUAAUACAGGGACUGUUUGAGCAAGGGCUGAUGAGUAUUGAGCUUGGGGAAGAGUAUGGAGGAACGGGAGCUUCCUUGUUUUCGGUCAUAUUGGUGGUGGAAGAGUUGGCUAAAGUUGAUCCAGCUGUAGCUCUGCUGUGUGAACUCCAGAACACACUAACAAACAGGUUGUUUACCACAUAUGGAACAGAAGAACAGAAGAGAACUUAUUUGCCCAGAGUCGCUAAAGAUACUAUAGGCAGUUUUUGUCUCUCGGAGGCCGGAUCUGGCAGCGAUGCUUUCUCUUUGAAGACUCGGGCUGAGAAGAAAGGAGACUACUAUGUUAUCAACGGCUCAAAGAUGUGGAUUAGCUUAGCAGAGCACGCGGGAGUUUUCUUUGUGAUGGCAAAUACGGAUCCAUCCUCAGGAUACCGGGGAAUUACGUGCUUCAUAGUGGAUCGCAACACAGAGGGACUGCAUGUAGGGAAGAAGGAAGACAAGCUGGGAAUCAGAGCGUCUUCCACCUGCCCAGUAACAUUUGAUAAUGUUAAGGUUCCUGCUACCAAUAUCCUGGGACAGGUCGGGCAAGGCUAUAAGUAUGCGAUUGGAAUGCUGAAUACCGGCAGAAUAGGAAUUGCUGCACAGAUGCUGGGACUGGCACAGGGCUGCUUUGACCACACCAUUCCCUACACAAAGGAGAGAGUCCAGUUUGGGAAAAGCGUCUUCGAUUUCCAGGGGAUGCAGCACCAGAUAGCCCAGGUGGCCACGCAGCUGGAGGCAGCGCGGUUGCUGACCUACAACGCAGCCCGGCUCGCGGAAACAGGAAGGCCGUUCAUAAAGGAGGCCAGCAUGGCCAAAUACUACGCUGCUGAGGUUGCAACACUGACCACCAGUAAAUGCAUUGAGUGGAUGGGCGGCGUGGGGUUCACAAAGAACUACCCCAUCGAAAAGUACUACCGCGACUGCAAGAUAGGUACAAUCUAUGAAGGCACUUCAAACAUCCAGCUGAGCACCAUUGCAAAGAGCUUGGCACAAGAGUACUGAGACCUCAGGGACUUCUUGACUGCCAGUGGAAGUUGCUUCACUGGACAUUUAUUGUAUAUCACACAUAUAUUUGUAAUUAUAGUAAUAAUAAUUAAGAGUACAUCACCACAGACAAAAUCAUAAGGAAAACUGUGAAUUCACCACUGAGUGAGUAUGUGCUUCAUGUGAAAUCAUGAAUUCCACAUCCAAAUCCAAACCACGGGUUCCAAGGAUCUCUCUCUGCCUGGGACACCUCUGAGCUAGCACGUUGGCUGGAACUGUCACUUCAGGUUCUGCAAGUAGUGAUCUCCACUGCGAGAUUUCAAGGGGAAAACAAAGGCAGCCAAACCCCUGCUCACCUGAUAUGGAAGGUUCUGUUGGGCCCCCUGGGAGGAAGCACUCCACGCAUGCAGCGGAACCGUUGCAUGGCACAGAGUUGCUGUUUGCCCCGGCGCCCUUUAUUAGCGUGGGGUACAGGAGAAGCAUGUGGGAAGAGAUGGAAGUGAGGGUUUGCUUUCUCCCUGGUGGAGCCAUGUCUGCGGAGCUGCUGUAAUUGGAGUAAUUUUUGUAGCAGCCCUUAGUGUGUUCUUAAGUAUAUCUUGGUAAUUAAGCCCUUCCAACCCCAAUUUGUGGCACUGAAAGGUGGAUAAUAUCCACCUCCCUUUCCAGCCUUCUCAGCUGUUAAGGGUUUUAAUCUAAGAGGCUAUUUAUAGUUCUCCUUUCAUAAAAGGUUGAGUUGAAAUCUUUGUGAAAUGGGGUUAAAAAAGCUCUCGUAGUUCUGCAAAAAGACAGAGAGAUAAGCUAGGUAAUAGCAAUGCUGUGAGAUUCACAGUGGCCUUUCCAUGUUCAGUGCAUUUUACAAACUUCAGUCCUCAGAGCCUUCCUGGGAGUUAGGGAGGGAGCAUUAAUUUGCAGCCUGGAAAACUCUCUUCAUGGAAGGUAGUGGUUCUCUAGUAAAGUUUUUCUCCUUUUGAGAGAGAGAGAAAGAGAAGCGGGGUUGAGAAGUAUUUGCUUUUUUAUCAGUCUCUUUACUUCAAAAUUAGAUGGUUUAUUUCCAGAAGAAACCUUGUCAGUGCUGGAAAACUCAUUUGCUGAGAAUCAAGAGACAGUAAGCUUAACACAUGAAAAAUUGUCAUAAUUGUAAUCGGCAGUUUGUUUCAGGUGGGGUUGGGAGGGAAGUAUCUGUUCUCUGGGUUUGGCUGCCUUAGAAGAAUUUUAUUUUAAAGCUGGUUCACCACUGAUGAUUCACUUUGAGUAAGCUUGGAAAGUUGCAGGCUGAGAGUCACAAAGGAUUUUCUAGCAGAACCAGGGGGAGUGACACUUUAAGGACAUGAUUUUGUAAAAACAACAGACUGCAGUGCCUUACACAACGCAACAACGGGGAAAGCACUAUAUCUGACUCCCUGUCCGCUUUGAAGGGAAGUAACUACUUCAGUGAGUUGCUGCCCUCCACACACGCUUUGCCUGUCGAUAGGUGAGGAGUUCAUGUAAUUAUACUUGUGCCAAACGCACCUCCUUUCUCAGUUUUAUCAACAGCUCCAAGUUUAAAAAUAUAAGGAUGGAGAGCUAGACUAGGUGGUUCCUCAAGCUUUCUUCUAGCAUUAUUAUUAUCAUUAUCAUUAUCAUUAUUAUCAUUAUUAAUGCAUUUCAGAUUGUUUGCAGGCUUUCUUUCAGCAGAAUUGAAAUGGCUGGGGAGAUGGCUAGACUAGAAUUAAGACUGCAGACAUCGCAGCAGUUAACUGCAGUUAUUCUGCUCAACAUAGUCUGUGAGUCUAAAAUUAUCAUAACCGCAGUACCAAAUACUUGAGUUAGCAUUGAUUAAUGUGAUGAGUUGUGCUAAUGUGAGGCAGUCCUUAGCUGCUGCGGUUGCGCCUGCUUUGCUAACGUGAAUGUCUGCAGAGAUCGGGAUUGGAUUCACCUUAUUUAAUAGGUCUCCUAGUUUGCCAUAGUCAAGGAAACAGCCUGAACAGCCUUAUCAGCUGCUCCACAGGUCUGGUCAGAAGAGCAAGGUCAAGCCUUUAAUGCUACAGCUGUAAAUACUGCAUCCGUCUUGGUUCUAUACGCUUCGUUCAACACAGAGUAAGUUGUGAAAGAAGUGUAUGUAUUGUCUGUGGUUGUUGUUUACCAGAUGCUGCAGAGGAACACGUGCACAAAUUAAUUAUAACCCCUGAGUUUCUUUCACCAUUGUUCUAAAAGGACAUGUGCUGCUGUGGAGAGCGUUUCCUGUCCUGGUCACUGGCUCCAGGGAGAGUCACUGUGUUUCAUCUGCUUAGGUGUGACUCCCCUGCUGCCCUAACAGAGACAUUGGUGUAGCAGUGAGCUGUGCCCUUUGUCCAGGGGCUGUGGAUGGCUGCCCGCACCCCAAUUCAGUUUGAGACAGGCAUUUAGGGGUUGUCAUAAACUGCGUUUCUGCAUCUGGCACUGUGGGCACAGGGCAGCUGGUGGCAGCCGGCUGCACCAGUAGAUGCAGGGCUGCAGAGCUGACGCUGUGAGCGCUGUCAUUCUGCACUAACGGCAGGGCUCAAAGCUGCUUUACGCACAAGAUGUGUUUAUAUUAGUGAGUUUUCAUAGGCCUCGGUCACUCCAGUCCAUCCAGUUUGUUGCUCUGGAAUGGCAUCUUCAGCAUCAGGUGUUGCAUCGGGGCUUCCCCGGUUAGAGGAAAAGACCUGUACUGAGAAUGGAUUCAAAAGUGCCUGUGUUUGCUAUUUGACUUGAUAUGAUGUUAAUUUUGUCUAUCAGGCGAUGGCUUUCUAAUGAAUUCCUCCCAGAUCUUGCAGUUUUUAUACUGGGAGGGAAUUCCUGUAUCACCAGUAAGGUUUCUUUAGUUUGGUUCUGUUUGUGAUUAUGGUCUGUGGCAGAUUUCCACAGAACGGUUUAAUCGCUAUUUGGGAAAUACUCAAAUACAACAUUUUUUGUGAUGUUUUCUGUUCUGUUGUUCUUUCUUCUGUAUUUCUUUUCCCCAUAUAAAGAUUGUGUUACUAAA